AUGGCUUCACGAGUGGUGUUCUCACGGCGCUCCCUCGCGCCGCUGGCGACGCUGGCCCUCGGCGGCAUGGCGCUCGCUCCGGCCACUGUUUUCGCCGAAGGUCCCAGCAGCCUCAAGCGAAAGCCCAUCUACGACGACUUCGAGAUCCCCAAGCCAAAUCCCGCACCUGUGACACCACCACCCGCUGCCGCCCAGCCCGCCGAGCCUGUCGAUGAGGAGGAGCCCAAGGCCAGGUCGCCGACCCCAACGGACCGUCUGGCUGUCCAUAUUGGAAAGGCGCGUCUGGCCUUGUACGAGUACGCUGUGGCCGCCGAGAACAAGGUCAACGAGACCAUGGACUCGGCCUUCAACCUCGAGCAGUCCUUCACCAGCACCAUCGCCUCUCUGGCCCCCUCCCGCGAGAGCGGCGAGCAGCUCAUGCCCGGCGCCAUCUACGUCCUUGUCGCCGCCAUGGCCGGCAGCAUCAUCACCCGCAACCGGAGCAUCGUCCUCCGCGCCUCGCUCCCUCUGGCCCUGGGCAUCGGCGCCGGCUGGACAGUGCUCCCCGUCACCAUGCGCAACAUCUCGGACCUCACCUGGAAGUACGAGCAGAGGUUCCCCGUCGUUGCCCAGUCCCAUAUCCGGCUGCGUGAGAGCAUCCUGAAUGGCGUCAGCUUCGCCAAGACCCACAGCGAGGUGGGUGUGCGAUAUGUCGACGAGAAGGUGACAGACGCGAGGGAGGCUGUCGAGGGCUGGGUCCAGAAGGGCAAAUAA